AUGCCAAUUGAAAUCCUGACAACUGCCUCCGAUGAUGGAGCAGUCCUAGCUGACAUUUUCUUCGCCGCAUUCAACACCGACUUUGACCGUCGCAUCCUCCCUCCUACACCGGAUGUCCGGGAUUGGCUCGCCGCCAAAUUCAACCGCAUCAGUACUGGCCAAUAUGUGAAUCCCACUGGCUCGGUGCUCAUUAAGGCGGUCGAUACGACAACCGGUGAUGUUGUUGGAUUUGCACAGUGGAAGCUUCCUUCUACUGAGUUGCCCCCGCCGGGUGAGAAUGUAGAGAAGGAAAAGAAAGUGGCGUGGCCGAGAAGUGGUGAUACGGCACUGUGUGAGAAGCAUUUCAAGGCGAUAGAUGAGAAAGAGAAGGAGUUUAUGGGAUCGACCCCCCAUUUGUCACUUGAUAUGCUUGCGACUCACCCAAACUAUGGUGGUCGGGGCAUAGGCAGUCAGCUUUUGGGCUGGGGACUGGAGGAGGCUGAUAUCGAGCGUAAGCCCACUUUCCUAACAGCGACUAUGGCCGGCAAGCCCUUGUAUGAAAAGAAGGGAUUCCAGGUUGUGGGAUCAAAUCAGAUCACGGAGGGAUUUGUGCAGAUUUACAUGGUUCGGCCGGCGAAGGCUUAG